AUGGCAAUUCGGCGUCCCUUGGUGGUCCGUCGGUGGUGCGAUAAAACUACGGCGGUGUUGCGGCAGCACUCUGGCGUCCCUUGGUGGUCCGGCGGUGGUGCGGCAAGACUACGAUGGUGGUGCGGCAGCACUCCGACGUCCCUUGGUGGUCCGGCGGUGGUGCGGGAAGACUACGUCUGUGUUAAUGUUUCUUCUAUAUCUGCCAAUUUGAAUAACAUUCUAGUGCUUAAUGGCUCUAAUUUUAAGAAAUGGAAAGAUCACAUUACUAUUGUUCUUGGGUAUAUGGAUCUAGACUAUGCGAUUCGGACUGAACGCCCUCCUGCCCUUACUGAGGAAAGCACUAUUGAACAAAGGGCAAAUUUUGAAAAGUGGGAGCGUUCAAACCGUAUGAGUCUAAUGAUCAUGAAACACUCAAUUUUAGAUAUCAUCAGGGGUGCAAUGCCUGAGGAGGAAAAUGCUAAGAAAUUCCUAAGCCAAAUAGCAGACCGUUUCGUAGGCUCUGAAAAGGUCGAAAUAAGCACUAUUCUUAGUAAACUUGUUUCAAUGCGGUAUAAAGGCAAAGGGAAUAUAAGAGAGUACAUUAUGAAAAUGUUUAAUCUUGUUACAAGACUAAGAGCAUUAAAGUUAGAAUUGUCUGAUGACAUUCUUGUGCAUCUAGUUUUAAUCUCUCUUCCUGCACAAUUCUGUCCUUUUAAGAUUACUUACAAUACUCAGAAGAAAAAAUGGGCUCUUAAUGAGCUCAUUGCUCAGUGUGUGUAA